AAGUUUACCAAAAGAGAGGCACCGCUGGAACACUAAUGAGGAAAUUGCAGCUUAUUUAAUAACAUUUGAAAAGCAUGAAGAAUGGCUAACGACUUCCCCUAAAACAAGACCACAGAAUGGUUCUAUGAUACUGUACAACAGGAAGAAGGUGAAAUACAGGAAAGAUGGAUAUUGCUGGAAAAAGAGGAAAGAUGGGAAAACCACCAGAGAGGAUCACAUGAAACUGAAGGUCCAGGGAGUGGAGUGCCUAUACGGCUGUUAUGUCCAUUCGUCCAUCAUCCCCACUUUCCACAGAAGGUGCUACUGGCUUCUUCAGAACCCUGACAUCGUAUUGGUGCACUACCUGAAUGUACCUGCCAUAGAGGACUGUGGAAAACCAUGUGGUCCCAUCCUAUGCUCAAUAAACACAGACAAGAAGGAGUGGGCAAAAUGGACGAAAGAGGAACUCAUUGGACAGCUCAAACCGAUGUUUCAUGGCAUUAAGUGGACAUGCAGCAAUGGGAACAGCAGUUCAGGGUUCUCUGUGGAGCAGCUUGUACAGCAGAUCCUUGAUAGUCACCAGACCAAACCACAGCCUCGGACGCACAAUUGUCUCUGCACCGGCAACUUGGGAGCAGGUAGCAGUGUGCAUCACAAGUGUAACAGUGCCAAACAUCGCAUCAUAUCACCAAAGGUCGAACCAAGGACAGGUGGGUACAGCACUCACUCAGAGGUACAAAAUAAUGAUGUCUCUGAAGGCAAGAAUGAGCACAGUCAUGGCAAGACCUCCAGCCGGGAGAAGAGGAAUGGCAAAGUGGCAAAACCUGUGUUGCUCCAUCAAAACAGUACUGAGGUCUCUUCCACCAAUCAGGUGGAAGUUCCUGACACUACCCAGAAUUCUCCUGUGUCCAUCAGCAGUGGAUUAAAUAGCGACCCUGAUAUGGCUGAUAGCCCAGUAGUCACUGGUGUCUCCAGCAUGGCUGUUGCCUCGGUGAUGGGAAGUUUAUCGCAAAGUGCCACAGUAUUUAUGUCAGAAGUCACCAGUGAAGCCGUGUAUACCAUGUCACCCACCACUGGCCCAAAUCAACACCUCCUAUCCUCAGAUGCCGCUGCUCAAGGACUGGUACUGGCUGUGAGCUCAGAUGGCCACAAGUUUGCUUUUCCUACACCAGGCAGUUCAGAGAGCUUGUCUAUGUUGCCCACCAAUGUCUCUGAUGAGCUUGUGCUCUCUACAACUCUGGAUGGUAGCAGAAAAAUUCCAGAAACCACUAUGAAUUUUGACCCAGACUGUUUUCUUAAUAAUCCCAAGCAGGGACAGACUUAUGGUGGAGGAGGCCUAAAAGGAGACAGCAUUAGUACCAACAUAAGACAGUCGCCCACAACAGAACGUGGGUUCAAUUUCAGUGCAGCCCUAACUAAAGAGAUUAAAACUGAGGACACUUCUUUUGAACAACAGAUGUCCAAAGAAGCGUUUUCCUCCACUUCUGCAUCUAAUUCUCUCACCCUUACUACAGGGUCAGGUCUGCUUCCAUCUGGAGGUGGACUGAGCCCAAGUACCACCUUGGAGCAAAUGGACUUCAGUGCCAUUGACUCCAACAAGGACUAUUCUUCCAGUUUCAACCAGACAGUCCAGAGUCCUCAUGUUCACCAGACCCCUUCCCCUAGCUUCUUUCUGCAGGAUGCCAGCAAACCUCUCCCUCUUGAACAAAACACCCAUAACAACUUGAAUGACACAAGUGGCUCUUUUGUGAACACUUUAGGAAUCCCCAAUGUGAAAACAGAAUCCUCCCAAACAACCUCUAAUUGCAAUGGCACAGUGGAAACUAGAAUAGAGUCCACCUCUUCUCUCCAGCUCAUGCAGUUCCAAGCAAACUUCCAGGCUAUGACUGCAGAAGCUGAAGUUCCCAUGGAGACCUCCCAGCAGGCAGAAGGGAAUGAAAAUCUUCUUAAAUCAGGGGAUCUUCAAGCCUGUAACACAGAGCACUACAUGCAGCCCGAGGCCAAUGGUGGUAUCAGGAAUGGGAAUAAUCUCCCUAUUCUCCAAGGAAAUAUGGUGCAAGGACUCUACCCAGUGGCCCAUCCCAGCUUAAACAACUCCUCCAACAUGGAGCUUAAUUUGGACCAUUUUGACAUCUCCUUCAGCAACCAGUUUUCAGAUCUUAUUAAUGAUUUCAUAUCAGUAGAAGGUGGAAGUAAUGCCAUCUAUGGGCACCAGCUGGUGUCCGGUGACAGCGCCGGGCUAUCUCAGCCUGAAGAUGGCAACAGAGCAACCUACAACCAGGCUGAAAUGUGCAUCCCUUGCUGCAGCCCUCAGCAAGCCAGCAUGCAGCUCAGCAGUGCCGAGAAUGGAGCCAGCACCAUGGCCUACAUGCAUGUUGCUGAGGUGGUCUCAGCAGCCGCAGCACAAGGCACCUUGGGGAUGUUGCAGCAGAGUGGGCGCUUGUUCAUGGUGACAGAUUACUCACCAGAGUGGUCUUACCCUGAGGGAGGCGUGAAAGUCCUAAUCACAGGCCCCUGGCAGGAAGCGAGCAAUAACUACAGCUGUCUGUUUGAUCAGAUCUCAGUGCCUGCAUCUUUAAUACAGCCAGGGGUGCUGCGCUGUUACUGCCCAGCUCAUGAUACCGGGCUCGUGACUCUGCAAGUUGCCUUCAACAAUCAGAUCAUCUCCAACUCUGUGGUGUUUGAAUAUAAAGCCAGAGCUCUACCAACCCUGCCUUCCUCCCAGCAUGACUGGCUGUCCUUGGAUGAUAAUCAGUUCAGGAUGUCAAUCCUGGAACGACUUGAGCAGAUGGAAAGGAGAAUGGCCGAGAUGACGGGAUCCCAGCAGCACAAACAAGGAGUAGGAGGCGGGGGCAACGGGAGCGGGAAUGGAGGAACCCAGACGCAAUGUGUGUCUGGGACCGGGACGUUGGGCAGCUGCUUUGAAAGCCGUGUGGUGGUGGUGUGUGAGAAGAUGAUGAGUCGUGCCUGUUGGACAAAGUCCAAACACCUGAUCCAUUCCAAGACUUUCCGAGGAAUGACCUUGCUACACCUUGCUGCUGCUCAGGGCUAUGCAACACUGAUCCAGACCCUCAUCAAAUGGCGCACCAAGCAUGCAGACAGCAUUGAUUUGGAACUGGAAGUUGACCCUUUGAACGUGGAUCACUUCUCCUGCACUCCACUGAUGUGGGCAUGUGCCCUGGGCCACAUGGAUGCCGCCAUUGUGCUGUAUAAGUGGGACCGCCGAGCCAUCUCUAUUCCUGAUUCUCUUGGGAGACUGCCACUGGCUAUUGCUCGUUCUCGAGGUCACGUGAAGUUGGCAGAGUGUCUGGAACAGCUACAGCGAGAUGAGCAAGUUCAGCUUGGGCAAAAUCCCAGAAUUCACUGCCCUUCGAGUGGGGAGUCCAACACCGAGAGCUGGGUUGCCCAGUGGCAAAGUGAAAUCAUUACUUCUCAAGAGCCUCAGAAGGGUGUCACUGUUAUGUCCAGUUCAAAUACAGAGUUAAGACGACCAAGGUCUGAGCCCUCCAACUACUACAGCAGUGAGAGUCAGAAAGAUUACCCAGCACCCAAAAAACAUAAACUGAACCCUGAGUAUUUCCAGGCACGCCAAGAGAAGCUGCUUUCCACAGCACUGAGCCUGGAACAGCCAAGUGUCAGGAAGCAGAGUUCCAGCUCCAAGCAAUCCAUCUCUGAGACAAUCAGCCCCAGUGAAGGGAUAAGGGACUAUGGCAGGGAGCUCUCCCAGCACAUCCCAGAAGUUGCUGGGUACCGGGGCUCUGGUGGCCAGGCAGGAAUCAAGUGGAACCCAAAAGACAUUUAUAUUGGUGUGUCUGCAGUGCAGGUGACGGGAAGCCAAAAGGGGCUUGCGUUGGGGAAGGACACCGUAGCCCACCGGCUGCGUCAACGAGAGCAGAUGAAUGUGCUGAUGAUGGCUAACAGGGAGAUCGUGGAUGGGGAGCUGCUUUCCUACAGGGACAGUGUGGAGAAUGAGGACUGCUUACAGCACAUGGAUGACUUGCAGGUGAACAUGAUGACACUUGCAGAGCACAUCAUUGAAGCAACGCCUGACAGGAUCAAGCGGGAGAAUUUUGUGCCAAUGGAGUCACCGCUGGUGGAGAGGACAGACACUGCUGCCAUUAGCACCACGAUGAGCUGGCUGGCCAGUUACCUUGCUGAUGUCGAUCAUAUACCAAGUGCUGCACAGAUAAGAAGUCUAUACAGUGAACCCCUGACCCCUUCUUCAAACACCAGCUUGAGCCCCGUAGGCUCACCAAUCAGUGAAAUAGCUUUUGAGAAACCCAGCCUUCCUUCCGCAGCAGACUGGUCAGAAUUUCUGAGUGCAUCCACCAGCGAAAGGGUAGAGAAUGAGUUUGCACAGUUAACUCUGUCUGAUCAUGAGCAAAGAGAACUCUAUGAAGCUGCCAAACUCGUCCAGACAGUGUUCAGGAAAUACAAGGGCCGUCCUCUCCGAGAACAGCAGGAAGUGGCCGCUGCUGUCAUUCAGCGUUGUUACAGAAAAUACAAACAGCUUACUUGGAUAGCCUUGAAGUAUGCACUUUAUAAAAAGAUGACACAAGCUGCCAUCCUUAUCCAGAGCAAAUUCAGAAGCUAUUAUGAACAGAAAAAAUUCCAGCAGAGCCGACGAGCCGCAGUGCUGAUCCAGCAGUACUAUCGCAGCUACAAAGAAUGUGGGAAGAGGAGACAAAAAAGUCGAGCAGCUGCCAUUGUACAACAGAAACUUAGCAGUUUGCUCACCAAGAAGCAGGAUCAAGCUGCUCGAAAGAUCAUGCGGUUUUUACGACGCUGCCGCCACAGCCCUCUGGUGGACCAUAGGCUGUACAAAAGGGGGCUGAAUGUUUUUGGAGCACAAAUGUGUGUGUUAAAUUGCAGGCCCCAUGCUCUGGGGUGUCAUUCUUAUUGGGCCUUUCUGUCUUUUUUGUUUUGCAAUCCAAAUGAGAUAUCUGGAAAAAGGCAAGAGCUCCCAUUUCCUAAAUUUCACACAAGCCAAUUCAGCUCUCAGAGCAACAGGGUUGGAGAAAAGAGAGAUCUUCGUGCCAUCUCUGUUCCACCCAAACUCACAGGGCCUACCCAGUCCCCACUAUAAAAAAGAGCAGCCUCAGAGGUGCCUCAGUUUACAUUCUAGCUGCACUGAGCCAGCCAAGAACAGCCAGAGCCGCCUCCACUACAGCCAGACCCCUUAUCCUGAGGAGCAACGAAGAGUACAGGCAGAGCCAUUCCAGUAGCUCUUUGUCAGCCAAGGAACCCCCUUGUAUUGGGAUAUUUCACUUGUGCCCUUCAUUUCUAAGUACGAGUUAAAAAUAAAACAUCAUCCUUAGAUUUAAUCUUCUUGAUUGCUGUCUGUGUCACCACAAUUUUGACACUGUUUAGGCAUAUUCUUUGUAUUAACAUGCAGUACAUUAUAAAAAUAAAUGACUACCUGUACAAACAUACUCUCCCCUAUCCCCCUCCCCUCCUCACUCCCCUGCACACACGGCUAUUGACUAUGUGGGAAAAAUUAACAAAUUCAAAAAGUAUUAACUAGCAUCAUCUUUAAGUCAUUUUCCAAAUACUGUGGAAUACAAGGUUGUGAAGCACAUUCGGUCUGUGAAUGUAAUUGUGCACACUGCAGCAUCUUUCACUUAUGUUCUUAUGUUUAAGCAACAAUCAACACUGCAGUUCCAAAAUUUGUACGAGCCUACAAACCUAGUAACUAGUACAGGACUCAUUUGACCGAGAAAGGUGUUGCAUAUUUGUGAACAGGAUCUGUACUAGUGCAAAUAUUGAAUGCUACAGUAAUCAACUUGCAUUAGCAUGCAUAUUCCAGUUAAACAGGUAUGCACCAGUACAGAUGUUGCAUGUCCUAAGUUGAAGUUGGCAGCAAAGCAUGUCUUGCAUUUUUCCAGCAAAAGUGUGUUCUGUUAGUGUAGAACUUGCAUGUUGAAGUGCUAAACAUGGAUACAGCAUGGAUCAGUAAGAGCCACAGCUUACCAAUCGUGCAUGUUCUCAAUGAGACUUAUAGUAAUAACAGGUGAAUUUUAUAUUACAGUAAGAGGUGCAACUGAAAAAUGCACAAGUUGCACUACCUGUCCUGCAUCGUAGGUGAUAUCUUUUGCAUAUGUGUGAUUAGUCUCAACAUAAAAUGUGAACUAGUGCACAUCUAGGGAGAAGUAACUUUUCACUUUCCUGCUGCACGGAAAGAGCUUAAGUUUUAACAAAUUAAGAAUAUUCUGAGUUUGUGUUUAUUGUGCGUAAGUACAGAAUUAUAAAUUCCCUCUACUGGUUCUGAAUACAUAUAUCCUGUAAUACAAGAACAGGACCACCAGAUAAUUAGCAGAACAACCACAGUGAGCUGCAAAGAGGGAGUAACCUCCAGAGGAUACAGAAUGGAGAAUUCCUCCCAGGCAACUGGAGUGAAAUUCUGUAUCCGUUGAAGUCAAUGGGAGUUUCGCCAUUGACUUCACUGGAGCCAGGAUUUCACCUUAGCUCCCUUACAGCAGAAAAGAAAAGCUAGCCUUUGACAUGUCUUAGACUGCAAUGAUACUUUGACUACACAACAAAAUGGAAUCAUUGUUUUACAGCAAUGGGGCUCCCUGACUCUGUACUGGGUUUAAAUCCUAGUGUCAGUCAAAACUGUUUAGUGUUUCAGAAAGUGGGAGUGAGAUGCCACUUUCAGCUAUAGUUGAUGUUGUUAGUGUAGCCAGGGCUUCAGAGUCAUGCCACACUGCAGACCCUAUUUUCAUGUUUGGUCAGCAAUAUGCACACUCUGUGUCCUCCCUAGCAUGGAAUUCUCAAACACUUCAGUAAAAUAAAGACAAUUAGUAAUGUUCUAAAUGCAUGCAUACUACCCGUGUGAUCCAUUCAUUCAUUGCUGGAGCCCAUGUCCCCCAGUGUCACAAGCAUACAGGAUGUCCUGAAUGCUAGAGCUUUGAUUUAGCUGAAAGACAGUUGAAAAUAGUCACUGGGCCAAAUUCAGAGAUGAUGUGUAAGUUUGUAGUGAUUUCACAUCAAUAUGUAAGUAUAAAGGAGUCCCUUUACACAGCGGAGCAAAAGAUAAUGUAGUGGUGGAUACCUACUUUAAUUUGCACUCUAUUAGUUGCUCUUUCUGCUAAGUGCCUCUGUUCUAUCCCCAUAGCAUCUAAAUUAUGCUAACCUAUGGCUCUGUUACAUUCAUUCAGAUUUAGUUGGAUGCCCUUAUGCCCACUUACAGAUGUGAAACUUGAAAUACUUUUUAAAGCACCUCUGAAUUUAUCCCCUUGUUGUGUCUCUAGGUCAAUUUGCUUAAGAAAUUAAUAUACUAACAACUGUGGAUGUGCUCUGCUAAAUCCUUCUACUUUGGGUCAUAAUCACAACCUUUUGGAGGAAAACUACCCUCAGACUAACUGAGCAAGGACAUGCAGAGUCAGGCAGGUUUUUUUCACAUAGAUGUGAUUCCAUAUAUAGUAGCUUAUUCCAAUACACUGCAUCUGAAAUCAGAUUUAACAUGCUGUUCAUUCUGAACUGGAGUUAAUGAAUUUUGAUGGUUCAUAGAAAUGAGUCCAUGACUAGCUAGAAUGUCUAAAAUUAUUUUACUAAGUUGUGUAUAUUGUAACAAAAAAAGCCAAAAUCAUAUGGGUUAUAUAGUCCUAAAGAGCUACCUCAACUCCAGUACAAAAAAACUAUGCAGCUCUUUUGUGACAUUGAGUGCCUUGUUUGACCAAGAAGAGUUAGAUUGAGCUAUACAUAGUGGAUACAAAAGCAGAGGUAUACAGAACUGCAUUAACAACUCAUUCCCUCCCUAAUGAUGACUGGGACCCCAAACUCUGUCCCUUGAAGCUAAGUUCAUUACUAAGCAUCUUGAUAAAGCCUUGACAGUGUGAUAGCCUAGAUCAAUUCUGGAUGGCUGCAGUUGUUCAUUUAGUCACUUCAAGGAAGCCUUGGUGAAGUGACAUAACAAGAGUAUGUUAGCCAAGUAGCGGCCUUAAUGGGUUUCUAGGCAUGACCCAAGUCAUUUAAUUUGUUUAGUUUUAAAUUUCCCAUACUUUCAUAGUUUUACUUAACUAAUGUACUACAGCUUUGUAAAUAAGCACCUAGAUCCAAUGGUGAUAGGUGCUACAUAAAUCUAUGAAUGCACUCCCAUUUCUAAAGUUCUUGCAACUGUAGCAUCUGAAUGCUCUUUACAGAGUUAGUACUCCAUGGAGAGACUGUGUCCCUGACUGGGGAUUAUGAAGAUACACAUAAAUAUAUCCUACAAGUAACCAGACUAUGCAGAUGCUGACAGUGAGACUGAGACAAUAAGUUGAAGUAAUGUAUCUGCUUACAUUGAUGCCAGUAUAAAUUCUACUAAUCUAAGGUACUGGAUAAAUUAAGUAGAACUUUGCCAUGGAAGUCUGGAAUAAAUCUGUUCUCCCCACAAUGCUGGAUGUAGAGCAUCUGCCCAUGUUCAGUGAAAAGGGGCAGCAUAGAAAGUGCAUUUUGCUCAAAUUAUCUGGUACAUGAGGCAGCAGCAGAAAAGCAGUUGAUGAAAAGCAGUCCUAAAAGACAAUUAAUUAAAUAAGAUGAUUUUGAUAGUAGAAUGAAUUUGGGUAUUAAAUAAAGAUGUCCAGAAAUGGGUUGCGAAAGGUGAAUUCUUCCUUCUGAAUGAGUUUUUUCUCCCCUUCCCUGGCUCCCAAUUGUUUACUGUAUCAGGAGGUUCUUUCUUAUUGAUACUCCUGAGUUUUCUUAAGGUGAUGGCUACUUCAUACUGGAAGUUGUAGUGAGGGAUCCCUUUGACUUUUGCCUGUUGAAAUUCUUUUGGAAUAGAAAUGUUAUAGAGGGCCUUUUUAUU